AUGGAAAAUUCCGUACCUCUCCGGCGUCCUCUUCUGCCGACUCUUACUUAUCGCUCUUUGCUUCAUCACCUCUGCUCCAGUUUCGAUCGGGAGAGCCACCAAAUCCCUCUUACCGCACCGUCUGUUCUUCAGAACCUGGUCUUAAGAACAGAUCAUAUCACUCAAGUGUCUCCUGGAGAAGUAUGUAAUGAUGUAAAGCUGCCUGUGAAUUCAUCCUUCCUCGAGGAAACGGUUUCACAGGAAAAGAGUUUGAUGCUUGGAGAUGUUUUUGACUUGCAACAUAGUCAAUACAAAGAUUUUUUCCAUGAGUUUGAGUUUAUUGUUCCAGAAAAUUGUGUGCAUCUCUUUGAGGCAUUGGAUGUGGAUGACUAUGAUGAUGAUGGUAUGCCCAAACAAGCAAGUGAUCUAAUUCAGAGUGAUGCAGAGAAGCCUGGUAUUGCCACUGAGCUUCUAGUAGAUUCAGUAGAGGGUGAUAACAAGGUUUCUGGAUUUGAAGUUUCCAAAUUAGCUGAAGGUAAUGAAGUUGUAAGUUGUGGAAUCUUGGAGACUAAAGAGAUGGAACUUGUUACUAGUAGUCAGGUUUUGACAGAUUCUAUUCUUCAGAUUGUUGAAGACGAUGAUGUCGAAGAAGGAGAGAUAUCAGGGGAUGAUAAUGAUUAUAUGCUCCUAGGAGAUGAUUUGCUCGAGGACUUUCAUGUCUCACAAGAGUUAUUGGACAAAAUAGGAGAAGAGGCUAGCAAGAGUACUUGUUCUAGUCUUUUUUCUGGAGUAAAUGAGAAUUAUCUAACUUCCAAACACCAAGAAAAGAUGGCUUCUGGAACUUGCAUAAAGAACAGGUCUGCGCCUUCUAAGGAAGCAAAAGCUAGAAAGAAAGCAAAAGCUCGGAAGAAAAGAGCUCAAGAGCGUAUAUCACUGGGCGUGAAGAAGCUGAAAAUUAAACCAGUAGCUCCAAAACCAAAACAUAUAAAUUACUGUCGACACCAUCUCAAGGGACGGUGCCAUGAGGGAGACAAAUGCAAAUUUUCACACGAUACAACUCCGGAAACCAAAUCUUUGCCUUGCCGCCACUUUGCAACUCAGUCAUGUAUGAAAGGAGAUGAUUGUCCGUACGACCAUGAUCUCUUCAAAUACCCUUGCAACAAUAUCAAGAGCAGAGGUUUCUGCUAUAGGGGUGAUAGAUGUUUUUUUUCACACAAGGGUAUUCCACAAGCUGCUUCAGAUAGACCGAGUGUAAAUGUAAUGACCUCACCAACUAACAUCGCUGCAGCGUCUUCAGAUAACCAAACCGUGAGGGAGGCCCUAGCCAAAUUACCAGCGAAUCAAGCAAGAAUUUCAAGCUCAGCUGCGUUUUUGAAGCCCUCUAGUCAAUCUAACAAAAGAAACUCAUCUGAUGCAUCAUCAUCUUCAAAGACCAAUGAACAUGCAACACCUCCACAGUUUUUUUCUUUGAGAGAACCAUCCGUUGCUCCAAAGGGUAUGUGUUUUCUCUCCUUAGACAAAACCACACAAGAGGAGGAUACUAUGAAACCGUCUCCUGGGUCUAAGCAAAACACACUUAUGUUUGAUAAUCAGAGCUUGAAGCAGUCACAACAGAGAAGCACAGUUCCUUUGGUGCCUCCAAAAGGAAUCAGUUUCUUAUCAUAUGAAUUGGAAGAACCAGCAAGGAGUAGAAACGUCAAGACAACGCCUAACUCAUACAUUCAAAGUUCUCUAAACUCUUCCAUGAAACUUGCUGCAGAAUUUGAAUCUGCUAAAGUUGAGAGACGCACUUAUGAUCCCGCAGAAGCUGUAAAUACGGGAGACGUUACAGUUAAUACGAGUGUAACCAGAACUUUAAAUGUUUCUUCCAAGAUUCUCGAUUUCUUGUCGAACUUUUAG